AUGUCAGCGGAGCACGCAGGGUACCUUCAGAAGACUGGUGGGAGAUUUUACAAGAAAAACCAGACCCGCUAUUUCGAGCUCCGCGGCCCUAACUUAUACUACUGGAAGCGCCGUCCCUCAACGCAUGACUCGCCUCCAAUGGGCAGCAUCAACCUCGCCGAUGCCCGGCUCAUUGAAGAUGCGAAGGACCCUAGAUCAUGGACAAUCGAUGGGGCAAAUAUCCCCAAAACGUUCACGCUAAUUGCCUGCUCGGAGGGUCAGAAGAAGGAGUGGAUAGAGAAGAUGUCAAAUGUAAGCCUGGCGAAUCAAGAGCGACUCAAGUCGGCAACUCACAGCAGUGAUGAGGAUGAGGCAAUUACUUUGUAUUCCGGGCGGAGCCGCAAAGUAUCUCUGGAUGACUUUGAGCUGGAUGCUACUAUCGGAGCUGGUUCCUUUAGUAACGUGUUUGUGGCCCGCGAGAAAAGCACUGGCAAAGUGUAUGCAAUAAAAGAAAUGAGGAAAGAGCUCAUUCAACAACAAAAAAUGGCUGGAAAUAUAGCUGCAGAGAAACAUAUUCUUCAGACGAUCAGUCACCCUUUUAUUGUAUCACUCCAUUACGCCUUUCAGACGAAGAAAUGUUUGUACCUUGUGCUUGACUUUCUACCUGGCGGAGAGCUAUUCUUUCACCUUGCCAAGGAGAAAGUGUUUGACGAGUACAGGGCCAAGUUGUACUGUGGGGAGAUAGCUCUGGCGAUUGGCUACCUACACAGUCUUGACAUCGUCUUUCGUGAUCUUAAGCCGGAAAACAUUGUGCUGGACAAAGACGGUCAUGCAUGCCUCACAGACUUUGGAUUGGCAAAGAUGAAUGUCAGCAGUGCCAACAAUUUCACGUUCUGUGGCACCUCCGAAUACAUAGCUCCUGAGUUUCUCCUGGGACAACCGCAUGGGCGGGCGGUGGAUUGGUGGGCGCUGGGUAUUCUACUCUAUGAGAUGAUAGAGGGCAUUCCACCCUUUUUCAGUGAAAAUUCCAACGAUAUGUAUGAGGAGAUUCUCAAGGGCGACCUAAAGUUUGGUACCGACGGUGACAACGAAAGUGGUCUGCCUGCGAUUUCGGAAAAUGCAAAGGCCCUCCUCCGCAGGCUUUUGGAUCGUAACCCCGAUUCACGUCUGCAGGAUUUGGAGGAGUUCAAGAAACAACCCUUCUUUGAUGACAUUGAUUGGGAGAAGCUCAGCCGACGGGAAAUUGAGCCGCCAUUCCGCCCUAGCAGUAACAUCUUUUGCAACUUUGACGAAGACUUUACGUCUAAGAAGCCUCGGGCGCUUUGUCAAGAGGAGGAUGGAGGGGAACCGACCAACAUUGCCGGUUUCACGUUUGAUGGGAAAUUGGGGACCGCUUAG